AUGGCACAAAGAAUUUCCAAGACCGACGCCUCGGUCUCAUCUGCAAGCCCUCCGGUGUAUCCUGAUAUCAACACCCUGCGCCAGGCCAUUCCGAAGCACUGCUUUGAACCAACUGUACUCAAAUCUCUGAGCUACCUGGUCCGUGACGUUGUUCUGAUUGGUGCUCUUGGCUGGGCCGCCGUUCGCUACAUUCCUUCCCUUGAAGAUGCAACUUUGAGAGCCACCGCUUGGAUCCUCUAUGGCUUUGCUCAAGGCCUCGUUUGCACCGGACUCUGGAUUUUAGGCCACGAGGCUGGCCAUGGGGCAUUCUCCAAGCACCCUCUCUUGAACGACGUGGUUGGCUUUUUCACGCACUCUAGUCUUAUGGUGCCAUACUACUCGUGGAAGUUUUCUCAUCACCGCCACCACAAGUUCACGGGCCAUAUGGAGAAGGACAUGGCCUUUGUCCCCAAAACGCGCGAAGACUAUGAGCAGCGAGACAGUCUUUUUAACAUGGAAUACCUCGAAGACACGCCGGUAUUCCAAGCCAUUGCGCUCAUCUUCCAUCAGCUUUUUGGAUGGGUUUUCUAUCUGCUGUUCAACAUCUCAGCUGGAACCGACAGCCAACAGAAGCCAACGUCCAGCUUCUUGGGCCGCAGCCAUUUUGACCCUACCAGCGCCGUCUUUCGUCGCAGCGAGGCCCCUUUCAUUGCUCUGUCAGAUCUUGGACUAGCUCUUAACUUUUUGGCUCUGUACAAGCUGUCCGGCGUUGUUGGUACACAAACAGUAGUGCUCUUGUAUCUGCAACCUUACGUCUGGGUUCACCACUGGCUGAUUGCUAUUACCUAUCUGCAUCACACCCAUGUAGAUGUUCCUCACUUCGAGGCUAAGCAUUGGACUUUUGUCAAGGGUGCGCUGGCCACAGUCGAUCGCGACUUUGGCUUCAUUGGGCGCCAUUUUUUCCACGGCAUCAUUGAACACCACGUGGUUCACCAUUUGUUUCCCCGUAUUCCCUUUUACUAUGCUGAAGAGGCCACCGAAGCGCUGAAGCCUGUCUUGGGAGAUCUGUAUCACCGAGACGAUCGAUCAUUCCUCGGGCAGUUGUGGUCAAAUUUCACUCAGUGCAAAUUCGUCGCCGCUGACGAGUCCGUGCCCGGCGCUCUCAAAUGGGUGCAAAAGUCCGAAUGA